AGGCCAUGUUCUUGCAAUAGCAGCGCCAGAGGAGUGAAACAGCGCUUUGCGCCUAUCCUCCCCGCUGGCCAGGCGGCCGGAGCUGCGCAGCUAGUGGUGCUGUGCUGCUAUACUGUAGAGAGCAAGUGCACUGGUCAUGCAGUGCUGAAUGAUGCAAGCGUACGAGUGCGUCGCGUCAUUAGCUUUCGGAUUUGGAGUGAUGCCUUGAUCGACGAGCUAAAUUUGCUAGUGAUUUUACACCAGUAACCUUGAUCAAUAUCAUUUUUUGUUGUAUGGAGAACAAUAACUUGAUCAGAAACGUAAAUAUAGUAUUGUGGAAAAAAAAUUAUAGCCAUGAUUUAGACAAUAUUUAGGCAUUUUAAAUUCACGGUCUGUAUGAUCGUGCCAUCGCAGUGUGGAGAAUGGACAUUUCUAAAUUAUCUCAAACUGCUUUGUUUUGCAAAUGUCGUCUUACUUUCGGAACGUGUUUCUUGAUAUAGCAGCAGCUUUUUCUCCCAUGGCUCCUGGGAACAUGAAGUCUGAAUUUAUUGGAUUGCAGCGAUCGAAGCUCACUGGUAAAUCUUAUGCUACUCGUAAAUUGUAUUUGAAAAAUAGCGACGGUUCAAGCAACGAGAACGUGUCGCUUCCAGUCAACAUGGACGACCAACAUCGUGAUGUGCACAACAACGCGGCCAACAAUAACCCGUCUGUUGUUUUGAAUGCUUCGGCGCUGGCCAUGCCCCGCGAUGUUAUCGACAACACAACAAAGCCGAGUGACAAUCCAAACGCACGAUCGGGAGACGGCGGGUGUGCAGCAGUUGCCCCAACUAGUGCAUCAUCGCCGUGCAAAGUGAAUGCAGAAAGUGAAAUUUCCCAUUUGAAAGUGCUUUCUAUGUUGCACUUGGAUGUUAUUGAACAACAGCAGAAACAAAUCCAAAUGGUUGAAAGAGAGGCACAACGAUUGCGUUUAGAAAAUGAAACGUUGAAGUGUAGAUUAGAGCGCAUGAAUAGAAGAACUCAUCUCGCAGAAAAGGUUGAGCCUCAAACCAAUAACAACAACAAUCAUCGCCCCAUUGGAAGGCCCCGGAAGAUUCUGGAUUCCCCAGUGCAAAAAAAGAAGCGUAAGUCAGAGCUAGACGUGUCGAUCAACAGCACCGGGAAGCAGUCAACAGGUCGAGGGGUCAGCACCCCCAUCAAAGACAACAACGGCAACCUCAACUCCAGCAUCUCAUCGGUACGCUCCACCAACACAGAACUGAGCAAGAAGCAAAGAAGGGCAGAGAAACUUGCCAAGAAGGAGGAGAAGAAGAGCACAGGUAGACAGGACAGUAAAGAGUCUAAGGAGGAUGAAAAGUUUCAUCGAACAGAAGUGAUGUACCCUUGCUUGAGUGACCUAAGGGUCCCCCAGUCUGUUCUCCUAGAUGAAGAAUCUGUAAUGGUUCCUUCAUGGAGGGUCAUCAACAUUCCACCACCAAGUACAUCGUCAGAUGCUCCAGAGCAGGAGUGCAGCGACGCUGUCUUUGAGCAGCGCCAUAACAAACUGGAACAGGACGAACGGAAGCGGAAAAGGUGGGACAUUCAGAGGAUACGAGAGCUUAGAGAACAUGAGAGACUUGUUAAUAAACAGAAGCAGAGAGAGUACGCUCAAUGGGAGCAUAUACUCACCACAUUCUACCCUGGAGAAAAUGAUGCCGAAUACAUCGAGAUGAGUGAUACGAUUCCAGUCAUCACCUUUGGUGUACAGGUCCCAACAGUUAAACCAAGUGAGUUUGAGUUACCGUGGUUCGAUGCGAAGCAGCGGGAACGAGACGAACAGCGGAGACAGACGAGAAGGAUGACCAGUCGGAGAUAGCAGAAGUCCGCCAACCAGUCGAUGGCAUUCACUCGUAUUCCAUUUCAUUUGGGUUGUAGGGUAUAAAUGCGUCACCAUACACUCUCUUUGUUGCUACAGCAAUCAUUAUCUUUGACUAGUAAGAGCAGCUUGGGAUACACUGAGCUCUGUUCAUAAGCUUGUUAUAAUGGCAUGUUACUGUGAAACGCUACAUGUAUAAGCUGCUGAAUUCCUGCAAUGUUUUUGGCCAAUACCAGUAUGGUAUUGGUGUUAAGUUUGUUCUUAGCAUUCGAUAUUGAUAACAGGUAUUAUGAUAUGGCCCAUAGAGUUUGUGACCCUGGCAGCUUUAGUCAAGAUUAUAUUUACUGCACAUGUUAUGUGGAUACUGGUAGAAACAAAUUAAUAAUUCUUCCCAAGUAUCAUAUAUCUGUGCUCGUAGUGAGUUUUGAAGCUGUACCUGUAUGUGCAGAUAUAUUGCAGAUGUGGAAGUUCAUCAUCAAAUCAGCAAAAUCUAAGUUUAAACAUUAUGCAGUAUUGCAAGUUUGUCUUGGGCACUUUAACAAAAUUGUGAGAUGCUUAUGACAAUCUUUCAAAAAAGAAUCACACCAAGCAUCUUUUCAAUCCUUAACCUUUUAUUUCUGCUUAGACAAAAUAAUGAGAGAUUAGGAACGUUGCUGUGAAACUGUGCAUUCAACAUGAUGAUGGUGAUCAAUAGCAUUUGUAUAGCGCCAUUUAUCUGUUAAAAAAAAAUAAUACAAUUCAAAGGCGCCGACAUAGCCACAGAAAGGUUGUGAGAUGCUCACCUAUGAUCAGUCCCAAUUCAAAUUGGAAUCGGGAUGAAAUGUUUGGCUUUAUUCAAGUUUCCAAGGGGAGGGGGUAUGGAUGGGGUGGCAGUGUUUGGGCAUAGGGAAUGAGAGAGAAGAUAUUAUCUUUCUACUACCAUGUCCAUAUUGGACUUGUGUAAAUAUAUUUCAUCUUGUACAUUAAAGUAAUGAUACUUGUCUAUUUUUGUGUAUCAAAUCAAACUGUAAAUUCAUGUAAAUUUGUAAAAUAUCAAUUAUGUAAAAUAUCACAACAAAAUGAGCACAAGAAAAUGGCCGUAGUAUAG